AUGGUUGAUGAACCCCAAGAGAGGUUCACCAUGGUGGAUGCUCUCAUAAUGAUUAGGACCAGUUUAUUCACUCGGUUUAAAACCAACGCAUUAUCUUUCACUCGACGAUGGCGUUCCACUUUGGCCGGCGAUGAGAGAAGGGAGAUAGCAUUCUUCGACGUCGAGACAACGGUUCCGACCAAAGCUGGCCAGCCUUCCGCGAUUCUGGAGUUUGGUUCUAUCUUGGUUUGUCCUAAGACGCUAGUCGAGCUCCAUAGUUACUCCACAUUGGUUCGACCCACCGAUCUUUCUCUCAUCACCACGAUCUCUAAGCAGCGUAGCGGCAUCACGCGCGACGACGUCUUGUCUGCACCCACAUUCGCUGAAAUCUCCGGCAAAGUCUACGACAUUCUCAACGGACGAGUUUGGGCUGGACAUAACAUAAAGCGAUUCGAUUGUGCAAGAAUUAGAGAGGCAUUUGCAGAGAUUGGUCAGUCUCCUCCGGAGCCGAAAGAUAUUAUCGAUACGCUUUUAUUGAUGUCUAAGAAAUUUGGGAACAGAGCUGGCGACAUGAAGAUGGCAUCUCUUGCUAAAUACUACGGGCUAGGAGAUCAAGCGCACAGGAGCUUACUUGAUUGCCGGCUGAAUCUUGAAAUUCUUAAGUUAUUUGCAGCCUCUGAGUUCCUGGAGUCAAUACUUUGUUCCAGUGUUCUUGAAACUCUUCAGACCGAUGCUGCAGAUGAAGCAAAAACUGGAAUAGCAGGGUACGUCUAACAACCAGAAAGUUGGUAAUCCACAUGAAGAAAGUAUCAUUCCUCUGUCUCUUCCUGGU